AUGUCGUCCACUGAGGCCUCCUGGGCUAUAAAGGAGCAAGACAGAGAGAGAAUCAGUAAGGGAGAGAAUAAGGCAGAGGAACUGAAGCAGAACAAGAGAGGGAAGACAGGCAGUGUGACCAGAGAAGCUCCACUGGGAAUCUCCCUCAUGCUGCUGCACACUGCAGCAGCCACCUUCAUGAAUAACAAAGUAACUGCAGACAUCUUUAACAUGCCAGUAGCCACAGUCUGCAGGACCGUCCACAACGUUGUAGAGGAAAUGAUGACCAUCCUCCACAGAGCUAGUCAUUUCCCCAAACCAGAGGAGAUGGAGGAGCCUUUAACGUUAUCACCGGGGCUGUCUGCUACCGCUAUCUCUGACACAGCCCUACACAGCAAAGACAGAAAACAUGGUGUCCUGGAUAAUUUCGAGAAGCGUUGUGUGAGAUGGAUGAUGUACUGGAUUGUGUUUGCCCUCUACACUGUGCUGGAGACCAUCACCGACCUAACAUUGGCAUGGUUUCCUCUGUACUACGAGCUGAAGAUAGCCAUUGUGAUCUGGCUGCUGUCCCCCUAUACCCGAGGAGCAAGUCUCAUUUACAGGAAGUGUCUGCACCCUCUGCUGUCCUCCAGAGAGAGGGAAAUAGACGAGUAUAUUGUUCAGGCCAAAGAGAAGAGCUAUGAAACGAUGGUCAAUUUUGGCAAGCAGGGACUGAGCAUCGCAGCCACGGCCGCUGUCACUGCAGCUGUCAAGGGUCAGGGUGCUAUCACGGAGAAGCUGCGUAGCCUGAGUAUGCACGACCUAACACAGAUAGGCCAGCAGGAUGACAGUGGAGGGAACCAGCUCCUCCAGUACAGCUCCCACUCAGCCAACCCCGCCGUCAGAAGAUCUCAGAGCACUGAUGCUGCUGGCGAAACUGAGUACUUUUAUGACCAGGAGGAGAGGACAGAUGAAGAGAAUGAACCAACUUUCUCUGAAGACGAGGCUGUUAGUCAGAAAGGACUGAGACGAUCGCAGAGUGUCAAGAUCUCACGAACCAGAGUCCGCAAAGAUGCUCGUUAUGGAUCCCUGAAGAUUAAAGGCAAGAAGAGACCAGCGCUGAACUCUGUCAACUACGGAAUGUGACGAGACUACUGCUGAUGCACACACACACGCGCACACACAGCAGAGCUGUCUGCUGAUUGGUGGAUGGUAUUGUCAGCCUAUAUUCCAGCUCUUCUCAGUCUGACUUUUCACUCUGCUGAACUCGUAUCUCUUUGAUGAUGAGCUUUCUUUUCACAUAUUUAUUACCUAAUUCAUCCAAAACCAGUGACUCUCAGAGAACUUUAACACUUUUAUUUGGGUUGAUGGCAACAUCAUGUUUUUUGCAUAGACUAUGUGUUUCAUCUGUUCAUUGUAGUUUAAUUGUAGUUUUUAGGUGUGAUGUUAUAUAUGUGUAGUCUUUUAGAUUUUAAGUUCAUCAGUUCGUUUGAGUCUUUUGUUUAAUUUCAUGCAAGCUUUGUGGUACCACAAUCUAAUAAGGUAUUCUUUAUAAAGAGUCAUAAAAUUUAACUAAUUGCUUAACAAAUAGUUAAAUAACUUACUAAUGCUUUAUAGUGCAGCUAUAAGCCAUUAGGAACAACAACUUUGGAUUACUGUGUUGUUAAUUUGUCUGGGAAACUAAAUGGCAUCUGGACCAAAAUAGGUUUAAGUGGGUCACAACUUAUCAACACUUGAUAGAUUAACAGAGAGUGAGGCGCAACACAAACGUGUUGGCAAACAGCUGCUUAUUUACACGUCCAGCUGACACAAAAUAUAGGUCCAAUAUUCACUUUCCUUUUAGCUCAUAUAACAAGUAGUUCUGUUGUUUUAAAGCACAAUUAUGCAAUUUUUGACAGAAGAAAUAACACAUUCUUCCUGUUACAAAUGAAAUCAAAUUACUAUCUGUAACGUGAAAGGUGUCUCAGUGACAAACUGCAGGUCCUCAGAUCCACAGAGCUUUUUUGCAUCUUGUAGCUCGUUGUUGUUUGACGGCCUGUAACUUUACCAUGUUGUUAACUGCUCUCAUAGAGCCGUCUCCAGCCACAGCAGACAUCUAUAUUAGGAGAAAGAGUUCUAACUGUAAACUACCUGCUCAGCACCAAAUAGCAGACAGUUAGCAACUAGCUGGGGAGGACAGUGGGAUAUUGAAUAUAAAACUUUAUAUACUCACUAACAUUUUAAACUGCAAACACAAUACCUGGACAAAGAGAUUUUUAACAAUCCAGCAAUCCAAAUCUGUUUCAUAUUAAUGGCUUGUAAGUGGCCUAGAAAUCUUUUAUUACCCAUUUAGGAAGCACUGUGUUUCAGUUUACAUACCUUUUUAUGAAGAAUACCUUAUUGAAACAUGGUGCCAGUUUUGCUUCUGCUGCCUUUCAGGUAUUUUAUCAAUGAGGAACGUGUUCCUAGUUGAACCUCUGACACUAGUGUUGGAGUCCAUUAACUUCUGUAUGGCUCAGUGUACUAACGCAGAUGACUUUUACACAGAGGGACACGUGUUGGUUCAGACAGAUGCAACAUUCCCUGUCUCAGUGGAGAUGAUACGAGAGCCCUGAGUGUCUGCAGGAUGCCAGCACUUCUAACAUGUACAUUUGAGCUUUAGGAGGGGGCGGGGUUGAAUGAAUCAGAGGUGGGACUGAGUCUGAGCACCAGCAGAUGAUCCUGGAUGAUGGAGAACUCCAAACUAAAUGAAUGAAACAAAGUGAUUUCCGGGUUCUGUGUGAGAAUUUCAGCCUUAAUAAAGGCCUAUAACUCCCACUCACUAUUAAUUGUGAUUUCGUAUUUUUAUAUGACUGUGUCUGAUCACAGCUCUGGUUGUAAAUUUCUAGUGGUAUUACUUAGCUUUUUAAAUGUUAUUUUGUGUGUGUGUGUGUGUGUUUUGGAUCAAAAUGGUAACCACCCGCACGUUUUGCACAUAUACCUCCUCCCAAACAUUUUUAUCAAUGCUGUUGUUGCUUGUCAUCUCAUUUUAUAAUGUACUUGUGUGGGAGGAUGCAGCACACAGCAAAUGCUAAUUUGACAUUUUAAAGUUUGGCUUGUUUUUGUCCUCUGGUACUGCAGUCAGUGCUAUACUGCUACCAAGCUGUAGAAGGUUUAGCAGAGAUGGAACAGUCCCUUAAAUACAGUAGUUUCUGUGUCUGUGAGGUUCUGUGUGACUGCGUGGAAUAUACAUGCCAACUACACACACCAACUGCACAUGUGUGGACAUGUCCGUCUAAGCACACACCCAAGUAGUAUAAACAGAAGAGCCUGUCCAUCCUGCUGUCCAUGGCUCUUUUUCAAUACAGGUGGGAUACUAGUGCUGAGUUGUAAGCAAGUAAAUCAGGCAGAGCCAGGUCCAUGGAAAAUCCACAAUAGUGUAGUCUAGACAUCUGCCCAUGUUUGCAAGACUACAGGGAUGUCUUGCAUCUUCUCCUUCACCUAUGUGGACACUCUGUAUUAACAGGCCACAUGUCUGUUUUUGAGUACUUAAGGCCUUAAGUUUUUCCUUUUGUUUAUCGCUCAUAUAAAUGAGUCUAGGGCAGCCUCUGAACCCCUCCUCCCCCCAUAGAUACAGUAUUAAUCAAUACCCUCUUAAAGAGACCCUAUGGGGUGGCGUGGUGUGUUUACCAGAGGGCCAAACAGGCUCAUGGGCAGGAAGGCGUACCCUGUUUAGCCUUUGCUGAGGUGCGAUAACACGCCAAACUUUCUCAUGUCAUGAGGUCCUUUUAAUGCUCAUAACUGACUAAUGAUACCAAAGCUGCAUGUACUCACCCGGAGCUGUGUGGUCAGGGUUUUUGAUCUGUGUGGGCAAAAUGUCUGGUGUGUGAAUUGCUGGAUUGUAAUUGCAAUACAAUAAAGGCUGUCCGAUUACAGUAAGGGCAACAAAUGAA